AUGAGCGCCCGCUCGGCAUAUUUGUGUCAAAUACAGAUUUGCAAUACGUUUCUAAUAGCAGCUGGUUUGUUAGCCGUCGGCUUGGCGGGAAGUCAGUUCUCAAAAGUUGGUUUGGAUAACUACCGAGACAUUGACUUUCGGUUACUCAACUUUAUACACGUGGUAACAGGAUGUAUAGGAUUCUACUCAUUAUGGAGGAAUCAUGGAAGCAUAGUCACCAAAUCCCUUUAUCUAGUUUCAUUCGUAAUUGGGUUUGCUACAGCGGUCUUUUACGGAUUCACCACGUAUAGGGUAGUCAAAGCUGGUGAAAAUCUCAACUCCCUACAGUCAGCUGCCGGAUUCAACGAAGAGUUCCAAUCGGAGAAUAGCAAUUAUGCAGGCCGAAUCGUUAUCUCUGCUCUGAUGAUUGCUGCUGGAGCCGUUGCGUCUCUAUUCUCCCUCUUCGCCAUUUUCCUUUUGAGCAAAAUCAUUGUGGUGACCAUUCCAGUAUACCCAAUGCAAUCGAGAGAACAAGAAUUGGCGAUGAGCACUGCCAAGAAAAGUCUGGCAACUAUUGGACUGAUAAAGUUCAUUCUUUGUUUUGGUAUUCUUGGACUCUGCGUCUUCAUUGAAUACGAACAUGAGAACGUUGCCGGCCAAGACAAGUACAUCAAAAUCGGACUUGACCAUAUUGCUGCCAUGCUUGCUAUUGUCAGUGGUGCUAUGGAUAUAUGGGCAACCAGAGGAAAAAAUCAACAAAAUCUGAAUCUCAAGGUUGCACUCGCGGUAGCAGUCGUCGCAGCCACCUGGUGUCUCAAGGCGGUUGAUAACAACGCAAUGCCGUUCUACAAGAAUGACUUGAAAUUCUACUACCAGGGUCGUGAGCUCGGAGAUCCCUCAAUCACUUCAACCGAUGCACCAAGAUACAUUCUCGUAGUGGCACAUGGUGUCCUUCUAGGAUGUCUGGGACUUGCCUUCACCCUUUGUACCAUGUCAGCUGUAUUUGUUGGAACUUAUCUUCAGCUUGACUUCCACUCAAUGCACACUGAGACUAGCAAGAAUCUUAAAAUCACUACUGGCGUGCUCAACAUUCUCCACAUCUUCUGGGGAGCUUGUAUGCUGGCUUUAUGCAUUUUGGGAUUGUUGGACACUUGGUGGAGAGGAGAGUUCCUUGGAGCGGAUUUGCUUUGGGUUUCGGUCCUAUUUAUGACGACUGGAUUAGUGACAUGCAACAAUCACACCGUUCUGAUCACCACAAAAUUCAUCUUGUCCGUUGUCUGCCUUGGAAUUUGUACCGAAAAAGUUUGCUCCUCCGCCAAUUUGAUCUACCAAAUGGCCGCCUAUCCAGCAUACAGAAAUGGGAAUACAAGAACAUUCGUUGGACAGAUUAUUUUGUACUCGAUUCAAGCUGGUAUAUAUCUCCUGGAAGGUCUUACAUCUCUUGUGGGCGCCUAUCUUUAUGGAACCGAAAUCCGAAAACAACCAAACCUGACCUACCGCCACUCUAACAGCGUUCAUGGUCUAUUCUCACUUGGAACCCUUUUCUACGCAGUUGUCAUUACCGGAACCUACAUUGUGUUUGAGCUCGGAAAAUGGAGAUACAACGAAGUCCCUAUUGAAGUUCCAUUCUUCAGACUUGGAAAUGGACCACUUGCUGGAGCAGUUUUUGUUGUUCAGGUACUCAGACAGUUUAGAUUUAGAAAUAAAACUGUCUGUUCAGUUCCUCUGCAUCCCGUUCCCAAGUCUCUUGGCAUCUGCUUCGAUCCUAAACAUUAUCAUUGCUUCAAUAUCUCUAUUCACCGUAUCCUCAGCAAUCACCAAUGUUUACUAUCUGGUAGAAACUUCCGAAAUCUUAUCUCGAAACCCCAAGAACCUGUUUUACAGCAACGCUACUUGCAAGCGUCUGACCUUUUGCCAACCACUGAAACUCAGCAAACAAUCUACCAAGUUGCUAUCAUUCUCGCCGCCGGAGCAGCUCUCGCGUGUGUCAUAUGCACUGUUUGCGCAAUUAUUUGCUCGCUAAGAUCCUCUUACAUUCUCCACCACCGGUCUACCUCGCCAGAUAGCACCGUUGUUGCUCCGCUUGGAGAAGAGCAAUUUGGAAGUGGAACGUUGAGAGUUGGCACCCACAUGCGCACUCCCUCGCGACACAUGCAUCCACAGCAAAGCCCGGUAACCUUUUCUAGAAAGAUCGCCGGAGGAGGCAUUCAACCAAUGGAAGAACAAUCGGUUUACUGGAGUGCUGACGAGAAUCCGUUCUACUAUCACACAUCUAAACGAUUCUACGGCAAACCUUAUCAAAUUGAGUCGGGAUUCUAUGGUUACGCACUAGCUGGAAUUGGAAGCGAUCCGGCUGGCCAAAGUCCAUCAGGCGAUCCAAACCGGAGGGUACAAUCAUCGGCGUCACAAACACAAAUUGGACAUGUCUUCAACAACUAA